GGAGCCGCCGGUCGCGCGCCGCCGCUGCCUCCGCUGUCAGGCGCGGGCGCUGCCCGCCCUCGGCUCGCGCGGGCGCGCGCGCGCUGUCAGCGUCUCGCGCCCCGUCUCGCAGUCCGGCGGCGGAGCUGGGGCUGGGGCUUGGGGCUCGGGGCUGGGGCUGCGCGCUUCCGUCUCCGCGCCCCGCUGCCCCCCUUCCCCACCCCCCUGCCCGCCCCUCAUCCUCCUCCUCCUCCUCUCCUCCUCCUCCUCCUCCUCGCCCCGGCGUCUCUCCGCAGCCUCGGCCCUCGGAGAAUUAACUAGGCUUCAAAAUGAAAGUGAGGAAGAAGAGUCCCUGAAAGUAUCAAUUUGAACAAAAAUUAUUGCUGGUAGAGUAUACUUCAAGAAUGAUACAAUGUUAAUGCUUUCUAUGUACAGCUCUGUAAGGAUCUUCUCUAAGGAGUUGCAAUAAGACAAACACUGAGAAUAAUUUUUCUCCGGUACAAUGUGGUGAAGGAGAGGAACUGAAAUUUGUGCACUUUUUUGUACAGGCUAAGGACUUAAAAUGUUUGUUAUUUCAUGAGCAGAAGCAGUUCUGGAGUGAAUUGAACAUCUGAAAAUGCGGCCAUGGACUGGUUCCUGGCGUUGGAUUAUGCUCAUCCUCUUUGCUUGGGGAACUUUACUUUUUUAUAUUGGUGGACACCUGGUACGAGACAGUGAGCACCCAGAUCAUUCUAGUCGUGAAUUAUCCAAGAUACUUGCUAAACUUGAACGUUUAAAGCAGCAAAAUGAAGACUUAAGGAGGAUGGCAGAAUCUCUCAGGAUACCAGAUGGUCCCAUUGAUCAGGGACCAGCUGCAGGAAAGGUACAUGCUUUAGAGGAGCAACUUUUAAAGGCCAAAGAACAGAUAGAAAACUAUAAGAAGCGGCCAGGAGAUGGAGGCCUUGGAAAAGAUCAUGAAAUACUGAGGAGAAGGAUUGAAAAUGGGGCUAAAGAACUUUGGUUUUUCCUCCAGAGUGAAUUAAAGAAGUUAAAAAAACUAGAAGGAAGUGAACUGCAAAGACGCAUUGAUGAAUUUCUGUCUGAUCUGGGUCAUCAGGAAAGGUCAAUAAUGACGGACUUGUACUACCUCAGUCAAACAGAUGGAGCAGGAGAUUGGCGGGAAAAAGAGGCCAAAGAUCUAACAGAUCUGGUACAGAGGAGAAUAACUUACCUACAGAACCCGAAGGACUGCAGCAAAGCUAAGAAACUUGUGUGUAAUAUCAACAAAGGCUGCGGCUAUGGUUGUCAACUUCAUCAUGUAGUCUACUGCUUCAUGAUCGCUUAUGGCACUCAGCGAACACUCAUUUUAGAGUCUCAGAAUUGGCGCUAUGCUACUGGUGGCUGGGAAACUGUCUUUAGGCCUGUAAGUGAGACAUGUACUGACAGAUCCGGUACCACCACUGGACACUGGUCAGGUGAGGCUAAUGAUAAGGAUGUCCAGGUGGUGGAACUUCCCAUUGUUGACAGCUUGCACCCACGGCCACCUUAUUUACCGUUGGCUAUCCCUGAAGACCUGGCUGAUAGGCUAAUUCGUGUACAUGGGGAUCCUGCUGUGUGGUGGGUCUCACAGUUUGUCAAAUACUUGAUUCGUCCACAGCCUUGGUUAGAAAAAGAAAUAGAGGAAGCUACAAGGAAGCUUGGUUUCAAACAUCCAGUAAUUGGUGUUCAUGUUCGAAGGACAGACAAAGUAGGAACAGAAGCAGCAUUUCAUCCCAUUGAAGAAUAUAUGGUGCAUGUUGAAGAGCGGUUUGAACUUCUUGCUCGCAGAAUGCAUGUUGAUAAAAAAAGAGUGUAUUUGGCUACAGAUGACCCUUCAUUGUUGCAAGAGGCCAAAUCCAAGUAUCCAAAUUAUGAAUUUAUCAGUGAUAACUCCAUAUCUUGGUCAGCAGGACUUCACAAUCGAUACACUGAAAACUCCCUAAGAGGUGUUAUUCUGGAUAUCCACUUUUUGUCUCAAGCAGACUUCCUUGUCUGUACAUUUUCAUCCCAGGUUUGUCGAGUUGCCUAUGAAAUUAUGCAGACAUUGCAUCCAGAUGCUUCAGCGUAUUUCCACUCACUGGAUGAUAUCUACUACUUUGGGGGACAGAACGCCCACAACCAGAUUGCUAUUUAUGCUCAUCAUCCACGAACUGCUGAUGAAAUUCCUAUGGAACCUGGAGAUAUAAUUGGAGUAGCUGGAAAUCACUGGGAUGGAUAUUCAAAAGGCAUCAAUAGGAAAUUAGGAAGAACAGGCCUGUACCCGUCUUACAAAGUUAAGGAAAAAAUUGAGACAGUCAAAUACCCUACGUACCCAGAGGCUGACAAAUAGAAUAAAAUGAAGACAUUUGACAGUGAUUCUCACUUCUAAUUGGUUCAAACCAGUCAACAUACUAACUAAUGGUUUAUAUGGGAUUUGAAUUUGCAUUUUAACAUACAGUUAAAAUCAAAGCCUUUGGUAAUGAAACUGGAAAAGAAACUGAGAACAAAUGGAUGGGCUAUUAUUUGAACUUACUUCGAAACAUUUUUUGUUAUAUGCACUCUCACACAUGCACACACAAAACCACAUACAACAGGAAAACUGUUGUUUUAUACCUUUUGUCUCUUUUCAAGAUUUGUCCCAGUCAGUAGUCUUACGUGAGCUUUGGGCUCUUUCCUCUGCCAUUAAUUGACAAUAAUGCUCAGACUUACAACACUGCCACAUCAUGUAAUUUGAGUGACAUGAACAUAUUUUGUAUGUGCAAAAUUUAAAACAUGGUGCCUAUAUUUGAAAGAUUUGUGACCUUUUUAAAAGAGCCAUGCCUAUUUCACUAAUGGGCAAAAGUCAAUCUUCAACUGGUGUUACCGUGACCACUGAAUUUGCUUCAGAUUCAAAUUUCAGACUAGGUUUCUUUACAAGUUUAUUUUUAGCAUUCCAUUGAUUACUUCUCAUCAUUAAUAAAAUAAAGGAUACAUCCAACGAUAAAAUAGUCACUGUCUGUUAGGAACUUUUGUAAAACAAUGCCAUAAACAAAUUCUUUAGUACUGAAUGUUUUUGGACAUUGCCUUUGAUUUAAAAAUAAAAAAUGAAAAAUAAAAAAAAACAGAGAAGGAAAAAGUAGCUGAGCUGGAGUUUCAUCAAAUGUUUGAGUAUGCAUGUAGUACAACAACAGCUAGAGGUACUGUGGUUGUCAGUGGGUUUCAGCAGGAUAAUUUCAGUGGCUCAGUGUCUUACAUCUACUCUUUAGGAUUGUUCUUUUACCCUCUCUGUUUUUCUUCUGAUUUUUUUUUUUUUUUUCAGGAUAUUAUAGAUAGCUAUGUAUCAUUUUGGCAUUGAAUCUAGUUGCUUUUAAGCAAAAAUGUUCCAAGUUCUCCUAUUUAUAGAUCCCACCAAUUUAGAUGUAAUUUCAGAAGAAUCAGUAGAUGCCAUUUUCACUGGAUUAGUACUCAAAAAAUCCGACAAUUUACCCAGAAAAUAGUAGAUUCCAGUAAAAUAUAAACAAGGAUUUUUUUUUUUGCACGACAUUAAAUUGUUAGUAAUUCUUAGUGUUUUGAAAUCUGUUGCUAGUCUGCUCUUUAUUAAGAAAAGAGACAAUUUAAAAAAAAAAUUACAAACAAAAUUGCAGAUUUGAUGAGGGGUUUGUAUGUGUGUAUAUAUAUAUAAAUGUACAGGAUAUUAAGAGAGUAUUUCCAAAUAGAAAGAACAUUAAUGGCAUUUUACAGGUUGUAGUGCAAUCAGAUCUGGAAUACUGGAAGUACAAAAUAUGUUUACUAUUCAGGCACUGAAAAAAUGCCACACUUUAAAAAAUGUGUCUGGUUGACCUUAAGCAAAAGUUAAAAAGAUAUUUAAUUAUAUUUAUGAAUAGAUAAAGGACAAUUUUGACACAAGAACAAGCAGAUGCACUUGAUCAUGAAUAAAUGUUAGGCUUUUUAAGCCUAAAUUAUUAAGAAGAAGGAAAUCCCUGGAGGUGUGAAGUUUGGCAAUAGUUUUCUAAUUGAAAUAGUGGUGAGUUAGGUAGAAUUUGAUUGGUAUAUAAUGGAAUUAACCAAUUAGUUCUCUGUGAUAUUAUUUUCAGGACAGAUCCUGUAGAACCCUUCCAGUUAUGUGUUCCUCAAGUGAAAAGCUAUUGUGUGUCUUGAAAAAGAACAACAAAAUCAAAGUUGAAAACUGCUGUCAAGAAAAAGAUAAGUUGCCUGUUGCUAGUAUUAAAUAGUAAUUUUAGUAAAAGUGACAAUAGAUAAUGAAUAUUUUUAAAGACAGAUUGAAAAAUAAAGGCAAAUGAAAGAAGGAGUGGGCAAGAAUUGCUAAAGUCAAUUUUUUUUUUUUGUGACUGAAUCUGGCUAGUGUUAACUACUAUUUCUGUAUUUUGGAACUACUGAGGAAGCUAUUUGAUGUUAGUUUCCUAUCUAAGUGAUUCUGACAAUUUUUCCACUAGUUUAAGCCAAACUUGUGUUUUUUCAGAGGCACAACUGUAAGCUAUUUUACAACUUUUUUUUUUCCUUAAAUUUGAAUGGUACAUAUAAAUCCAUUGUUACUUUCCUUUUUAGCUUGAAAAAAACAAAACAAAACAAAAACAACAACAACAACAAAAAACUAAAACCAAAAACAUUUAUUCCUCAAUGAUUACAUAAAAACAUUUUAUCUUUGGGAAAUCUAAUUUUUAAUUAUUUCCACACAAAUAUUACAAAAUAUAUUUGAUGGUUUUAGAUUUUGCAAGUGUUUUAUUUUGAAGUUCUUUAAUUACAGCUUCAGACAUCAUAAUUCCCAGCUCAUUUAUUUGACAGUAAUGCAGAAAUAGUAUUCAUAAAUGAAUUAACAUAUGAAAAAAUCCUCUCUAGUCAGGUAAGUCAAUUGAAAAUAUCACUGAAAAAUAUAAAUAGCAGAACAUCUAAGAUGACCCCAGAAGCAAGAGCAGAUCUUCUGAUGUAAUAACCAGAGAAAUGAAAACACUGAUGCUGUAGAGGAACUACCCAAAUUAAUUUGUCAAUUGCUCAGCCAACGAUGAAGGUGACAAAUUAUUGACAAGGUACCUGUGUGUCCUUACAUAUUCUAAAUAUCUAGUGAAUAAUUAUCUCAUUGUCUUGAGAAAAUGAUAGUGAAAUAGUAUGAAAUUAUAAAAUUACUGUCAAUAAUUAAGAAAUGUAUUAACGUAGAUACUGUGACCUUAUUCCCCUGGGUUGUAUGAUUCUCUAGUGCUUACAAUGCAGUACUUCUCAGAGGAAGAAACUUAGCAAUAGGCUGUUUGCUAGAUGCUUCUGUCUCUAGAGGUAUUUCCUUUAAGACAACUGGUUAGUUAUGUCUUGGAAUCCUGGGACCGUGGGACAAUAAAAGUAAACUUAAUUCUCGGUGACACUGAGAUUGAGGUAAUAUGAAAGGAUCCAUGGGUAAAUGAAAAUGAGAUCUCAAAAUUUUUAUUGUAGCUCACUGAAAAAUGAAAUAGCAGGAAAUAAAUAUAUAUAAUUCUUAGAUACCUGAAAGAAGACUGAAUUUUUGAAAGUUGUAAACUCAUUAAGAUACCAGUCAGAAUGGUUGCAAGCAAGCGUUUACACAUCUUGUUUGUUCCGUUCACUUUGUAGCUCUGCAGCAAUCCAGUCAUGUAAUUUUUAUCUCAUACCAAACCACCAAGUCUGACAUCCAUACAAGACAGCCCUUAUACUCUCUUAAGUGAGCUAAUGUUUAAUUAAAUUUUUCUUCUUUAAGAAGCAUUUGUGCAUGUGUGAGUGUGUGCGUGUUGUGUUCAUAAAAACAAACAACAACAACAACAACAAAACAGCAAAAAAACAGCAAACAGUGUUGUUUCCUUCUUUGCUCUUUUACAUUAUCAUUCUUACAUUCUUUAUAAUAACUUAUUUUCUAGGUAAAUAUAGUCUCUGUAAACUGAAAAUUCUAAAUGCUUCUCACUAGCUGAGCUAACAAAUCUCUUCAGAGUAGUUCAGUUAACUAGUCUUCUGUGACCUUGGUACACCUGGAGACUGGGGUCAUCAUCAGUUCGCUGCUGCAAUUACACCACCCUGAGUUCUUUUCUUGAUUUUUCAGUCAAGCCUACAGUCAGAUGUAUGGCAUUCACAAACCUCCUCUACUAACAUGCUGUUCUGGUGACUUGCAGUGUUUUGGAUUUGUUUUUGAAGGGUGAUGUUUUAUUCGUGAUGUUUUAUUCCAAAAUUUUAGAAUAUUUAUCUUCUGAGAAAUGUUUUGUCUACCCCUUCUACCAUGGAAUUUUAAGGAAACUUGCUAUUUCUUAAAAGAUUUAUCUUCUUUAUUAGUUUUUCAGAAAAGAUAAAUGAUGAUAUCUUUUUUUUUUUUUUUUUUUUAUGGAGAGAUUCAUAAUCUAAAAAUUUUCUCUGGAAUGGAAACAUAUUUAAUUUUCAGGAGAGGAUUUUGUUUCUUUGGUUUACAAUUAAAAAAUGUGGGUCUCAUCUUCUGAGCUAGGAACAUAAUUGAAUAUAAAACAGAAAAUUUUCUUUACAAAUUCUCCUUGAUAAGGGGAGGAAGAUAUUCUUCAUGCCAAUGGAGUAACAUCUGCCAUUUGGAAAUUCUUCAAAACAAUGAAUUGAACUUUUGUUUUCCCAGGUCAUAAGAUUCUUUGCAAUGUAAUCUCUUGAGUGUUUGAAGAAUCCAGGUAAAAAGCAUUUAGGGAAUUCUCCUUUCUUUAGGGAAGGAGAGAGUCAAAUAAGAAGGCAUGAUAUUAUACUUCUAAGUUGCUGUAUUAGGUUAAUAAAACCACAGUAUAUAAAUAAGCAUUUCAGUUAUGGGUUAAGGACUUCUGCCAGAAGAAUCAUUCUGCUCCUUGCCAGAAAUACUUAAAAUUUGCAAUCCUUUUUUGAUUUUGUCUAAUACUACUCCCAGUCAUGUUUAUAAACAUUGUGGUAGUCAUACUCUGGUCUUUGGCUGUUACUGUAUUACAUUUUUGUUCCUUAUUGGGGUUGAUGGAGUCUUUGUGGAAGGCUGCCAAAGGGCAUAAACUUUAUUUGGUUCACUUAUUGUGUUGAAUUAAAACUGCAUUUAAAACUCACAAAAAUUCCAUUUGCCUAAAGCACCACUAGAAUUCUCUUUGCAGACUGCAGACUUAUGUUAAGUUCCCCUAUAUGUAUCUACAAGUUUUUAGGGAGCAAUACGAGCAAAAAAAGUUAUGUAUAAAUGUCAACCAUAAACAGUCUGGGCUAGACUUCAUAGCAUUCUGGUCAUUUCUAAAAGGCAUGAAAUAUGACAUUGCAUGAGAUGAAUAAGAAGAUGGUAUAAAAUACCCAAGCCCGCAAAAAAAUUGCUAGUGUCUGCCUGCAUCACUGGUUGCAUUCAUUGUGUACGAGAUUAUUUCAGAAUCAAAGUAUGUGAGGCAGAGGUCUUUCAGCAUUACUACAUAAAACUGAGAAUUCUUUCCACGAUGUGUUUACAAUAAAAAGUGCUGGUCUUUGCCACUUUUGGUACUAUGUACAAAUACUUAACAAUGCUGAUGCUGUUUGCUAUUUAGUAGAACCUUUAUUUUGCAUGAUUAUUUCCUUUGACUUGCUUGUCAGCAGAAUCCUAUUGCCACUUCACUUGAAGCAACAUUGGAUUAAUACAAAGGCAUGCCAAUAAUUUGCACAAAAAUGUCUUUACCAUUGCUUAAAAUUAACUCCAUGCUCUUAGGUUUACUCCUAAGAAGACACUGCUGAGGGAAGGAGUCAUCUCUGCUGGGCUAUACAGUCCAUGUUAUAUAAUUGCUGUAACAUACAAGUUUUACUUUCAAUUUUGCAUGAUUUUUCCUCUUUCUACAGAUUAAGAACAUUAUUUUUAAAUUUAUUUAUGAAGAGUUAUACUGAGUACACUGAGACAAAGUCCCAACUAUGCUAUACUUUCUUGAAGAAGAACUUUAACCCAUUUCCUCUAAUUUUCCUAAAAACACCUACCAGUCCCAGCAUUUUCAUAGAAUUUUCUUGAUUGAUGUUUUCUGAAGACUGUGACAUGUUUAUGCUCUUCCAUUAGCCCUGCUGCCUACUUGCAUCUGAGCCUGGUCAGAUGUUUGUAUGAACACUUUUCAAAGCUUUCUGCUUAGUGGCUUUUGAUUUCUUUGCUAAUUGUUAGUGAUCAUUACAGGACCAGAAAAGCAAGGGACAUCAAAAAAUAUUUGAUUUUUCAUAAAAAUGUAAAUUUAUAUUUCUUUUAGUUUUUUUUUUUUUUGUCCUUUUUUCUUUGUUUGUUUUUGUUUUCUUGCAAGAUGCAUUUUCCUAUUUUCCUGAAAUGGUAUACUCAAGGAAUCAAAGAGAAAACACCAUAAUCAGAUGUAAGCAUUCUAAACAUUUAUUAGUUAUAAGGUAUGAAAGUUCCUUGUUUAAUAAGAUUUGCUACUCACACCAUGACAAACUUCUUGACCAGACAAAAUAGUCUUCUCAUAGCAUACCCCAUCAUUUUAAUCUUCCUGCUCUCUUUCUUUGGCAUUUAUUUAUUUAUUUAUGUGCUAUAAAGAGCUGCACAAUUCUUGGUGACUCAACUGCAAGUAGAGCCACAAGAAUAUUACAUAUUUAGCUGUGAGAAUGCACUGAAUGUGGAAACUGCUGUCCAGUUCAGUUGUCUACAAAAGAUCUGUCUCGAAGCCUGAUGUGCUGAUAUCUUUCCAAACAGUAGCAACCUGGAGGAAUAGAAGGAAACCAAAAAGCAGGACACCCUACUUCCUUCUUCAUGGGUGCGAAAGAAUCUGGCAUCUGUUAUGUCCAACUAAGAUGCUGGAAAGGAACUGACUAGUUGAUGGCAGUAGGUUUGCCUCACUGCUUCAGCUUGUUGCUGCAGAACAAUGUUUGAUGAAUUUAUCAUUUUAAAUCUGUGGUCACUUUGUAACUUCUAUAAAACCUACUUGAUUUCACUUAAGAAUAAAAUUGUUAUACUAAAGGAAUAAGUUCAGAUUCGUGGGAUUAAGCUGCCAAAUAACAUUUCUCCUUGCUUCAGAUGGAGUUCAUUUUGUACUGAAGGUUUUUUUUUAAAUGAUUUUUUGCUUAUGACUAUAUUUCAAUUAAUUCAGUAAGGGUAAACAAAUCCUGUUAGGCUGGCUUGACCAUUUUUUAAGCUGGGUGUCACUAGAUAUACAGAGGCUACAACUACUGAACCUUUGCAUAAUAGAUUGAAGACUGAUGAAUUCCUUUGCUUAAUGUUUCUUUUGCUUAUAUAAGACAAAGAAUGUUUUCUAAAUGUAAAAUAAAUUAUAUGUACAGGA